AUGAGGAUAUCCAUCGACACGAUUUGUACUGGCAAAGAGCGACCUUUUGACUUUGACGUCGAAUCGUCUACAACAAUUAAACAGUUAAAAGAACUUUUUUUCGAAAAAGUUCAUAAUAUCACUACAAUUACAGCUGAAGAUUUACAGAAAUCAUAUUUUGAUUUUGAAAGAGAUAAACUUGACACUGACGAAAAUACUUUAAAAAUAUAUGGUGUAGAAGAAAAAUCUCGAUUAAAAUACGUUGAAUCAACGAACGGACCGUCUCGCGAUCCAAAUAGCUUAGGCGGUGUUGGAGUCAAAUUUGUUGAUGUUAGUAACGAAAAAGGGUUACAACGAGUAGAAUGGUCUAAAAAAGCUCCAGAAUGA